CCAAACCAAGUAAAAACCAAAUCUGUUCUUCUGUUAAAAAUCCGAAAUGGGAAGAAUCCCACACAUAAAUAUCCCGGAGAUAAUUUUAUCUUCCCAGACUGACCUAAAACCCUCCUCACCUUAUCUUCUCGUCGCCUCCCCUUCCCCCACCCUGCUUCCUCGAAUCCUACUGCUGGUGCCGCUGUUUUCUUGCUUCGUUGCGUGCUGGCGGAGCAAGAGGCGGACAUGGCCACCACCACCGACGCCGCCCCAGUCGCGCCCGUGGAGGAAGGGAACGCCGCCCCGGCGGCCGCCGAGGAGGAGCCGCCCAAGAAAGUCGAGGCAGCCGUGGCCACCACCGACGCCGCCCCAGUCGCUCCCGCGUCCGUGGAGGACGAAAAUCCGGCCCUGGCGGCGGCGGCCGAGGAGGAGCUAACCGAGAAAUUCGAGUCGGCAGCGGCGGCGGCGGCGGAGGAGGAGGUGGAUGAUAGGGAGGCGCCGAAGCAGGUCGUGGCGGAUGUGGGAGAGAGGGAGGAGGAGGAGGAGGAGGUGAGAUUGGAGGCGAAGAGUGAGGGCGUUGCGGGUCCAGAGGCCGAGAACGGAAAGGCGGAGGGUGUUGUCGUCGGGGGACAUGAUGGCAGGGAUGUAAAUGAGGCGGAAGAGGAUCGUAGAGUUGGGAAGUUGGGCGCCGCGACGGCCGUGAAGGAUGGCGGCGGCGAAGAACCGGCGUCGGAGGAUGGAGAGGCGGCCGCUUCUGUGUCAGCGCCAGUGUCAGAGGUGGAGUCCAAGUCGGAGAACGGUGAAUCGGGGGAGGGGGAUCCUUCUCUGGCUUCCCCUGAUGCGCCGGAAAGUGAUGAGAAGGGCGAAUUGCAGGAGGAGGAGCAGCAUGAUGAGGAAAGAGGUGCUGCAGUAGAGGUAAAUGUUGUGGAUAAGAUAGCAGAGGAUGUCGAGUCGCCUGUGGCUGAAGAGGAGAAACUGGUACCGGAAGUUGAGAAGGGCGAGGAGGUAGGUUCUGGGAGUGCAGUUGGUGGCGAGUUGAGUGAUGAGGAGGAGGUUGAGGUCUCUCCCUCUCCUCUGGGCGAGGAGGUGGCAGAGGUGGCAGAACCACAGGAUAAGGUAGCCCAUGUUUCUGAAGCUAAUGGUGAAUUGGGUGAUGGGAAAGAAGCGAGUGAUGAUGUGGUUGCUCUGGGAGGUGGAGAAGCCACUAACAAGGAUGCUGUUGGUGAUGAUGUGGUGGCUCUGGGAGGUGAAGAAACCUUAGAAGAAUCGACAAACAAGGAUGCUGAUGGUGAUGAUUCUCUGGGAGGUGGAGAAGCUUCAGAAGAAUCGGCUAACAAGGAUGCUGAUGGUGAUGAUGUGGUGGCUCAGGGAGGUGAAGAAGCCCUAGAAGAAUCGACCAAGAAGGAUGCUGAUGUUGAAGAUGAGGCCAUCAGGCCUGAGCCACCGAGUGAGGCAACUGCAGUGGUUAUGAAUGAUGGAAGCAUAGAGGAGCUUGCCCCUGCAAGUGCUGAGGAGAUCAUAGACAGUGUGCGUGAGGAUAGUCCUCAGAAGGAGCAGAGCGCUGAAGACCAGGCCGUUGCCGGUGAAGUGGUGGAAGAUGUUGGUGUUGACAAGCCCACAGAGGUUGAAAAUGUUGAUGCUACUAGUGCUGAUGGUAUCCUCUCUCGAGAAUUGGCUCCAGAAUCAAUCAAAGAAACUAAUGGUACUGGUGAGAUUGAAGGUGCCACUGAGGUUGUUGAUCAUGAAGAGGAGGCUGCUGAUAAUGACAUAAUUGAGGCUGUGCCAGAUGAUGCGGAUGGGGAUGGUAAUGAGGCUGAGGACGAUGACGACGGGACAAACUCUGACACGAGUCCUGCACGGGUUGCAAUUUUAGAGAGCUCUGAAGCCGCGAAGCAGAUCAUGAAGGAGCUUGCAGAAGGCUCCUCUAGUGGUAGUAUCUCAAGAGACUUCACCAAUAGCAUGGAUGGGCAGAUUAUGCUUGAUGAUUCUGAGGAUGAUGAUGAUGAUAAUGAUGAUGAUGGGGAUGAGAAGGGAUUUGAUUCUGCUGCCCUGGCGGCCCUUCUGAAAGCGGCAACUGGUGGAUCCUCAGGUGGGGAUAUCACAGUUACUUCACAAGAUGGUUCUAGAAUAUUUACCAUGGACCGACCUGCUGGUCUUGGUUCAUCAGCCCCUUCUCUGAGGCCGACUGCGCCUCGCCAAUCUGCCCGGUCAAACCUAUUCAGCCCCUCAGAGCUAGCAGUUACAGCUGACCCUACAGAAGAGAUGACAGAGGAAGAGAAGAAGCUGCAUGACAAGGUUGAGUUGAUUAGAGUAAAGUUUCUGCGUCUGGUUUACAGAUUGGGAGCUACUCCUGAAGAAACGGUUGCAGCACAAGUGCUGUACCGUCUGAGCCUUGCUGAGGGUAUCCGACAUGGCAGGCAGACGAACCGAGCAUUCAGCCUUGAUAAUGCACGGAGGAAGGCCUUACUUCUUGAAGCAGAGGGAAAAGAGGAUCUGAACUUCUCAUGCAACAUACUUGUUCUAGGAAAAACUGGAGUCGGCAAAAGUGCAACUAUCAAUUCUAUAUUUGGUGAAGAGAAGUCCAGAACUGACGCCUUUAGCUCAGCAACCACAAAUGUGCGGGAAAUUGUUGGUGAUGUGGAUGGUGUCAAGAUUAGAAUCAUUGAUACACCUGGCCUUCGACCUAACGUGAUGGACCAGGGAUCAAACAGAAAGAUUCUUGCUGCUGUCAAGAACUAUACCAAGAAAUGUCCGCCAGAUAUUGUUCUAUAUGUGGAUCGUCUGGAUAGUCUGAGCCGUGAUCUCAAUGAUUUGCCUCUUCUGAAGACUAUUACUGCUGUUCUUGGCUCAUCCAUAUGGUUCAAUGCCAUUGUUGCACUGACACAUGCUGCCUCAGCUCCUCCUGAAGGCCUCAAUGGUGCUCCCAUGACAUAUGAGGUCUUGAUGGCUCAGAGAUCCCACAUCAUCCAGCAGUCCAUCAGGCAGGCUGCUGGAGAUAUGCGGUUGAUGAACCCAGUAGCACUUGUUGAGAACCAUCCUUCGUGCAGGAAAAACCGGGAGGGCCAGAAAGUGCUUCCGAAUGGCCAAAGCUGGAGGCAUCAGAUGUUACUUUUGUGCUACUCCUCAAAGAUAUUAUCAGAAGCCAACUCACUCCUGAAGCUUCAGGAUCCUAAUCCUGGAAAGCUUUUUGGUUUCCGUUUCCGCUCCCCGUCUCUUCCUUUCUUGUUGUCCUCACUCUUGCAGUCUAGAGCCCACCCCAAACUUUCUGCUGAGCAGGGUGGCAAUGAAGGUGAUUCUGAUGUUGAAUUGGAUGACUAUUCUGAUGUAGAACAAGAUGAUGACGAAGAAGAAUAUGAUCAGCUUCCACCCUUCAAGCCCUUGACCAAAGCUCAGCUUGCAAGGCUCACAAAGGAGCAGAAGAAUGCUUAUUUUGACGAGUAUGACUACAGGGUCAAGCUUCUCCAGAAGAAACAAUGGAAGGAUGAGAUCCGCAGGUUGAAGGAGAUGAAGAAGAGGGGGAAAACUGAUCUGGAUGAUUAUGGGUAUGCUAAUAUCGCUGGUGAGAACGAUCAGGAUCCUCCUCCAGAGAAUGUAUCGGUUCCCUUGCCUGACAUGGUGCUUCCCCCUUCAUUUGAUUGUGACAAUCCCACAUACCGGUACCGCUUUUUGGAGUCAACCUCGACUGUCCUAGCAAGGCCUGUUUUGGAUGCGCAUGGAUGGGAUCAUGACUGUGGUUAUGAUGGAGUGAGCGUUGAAGAGACACUGGCUAUCCUUAGCAGGUUCCCGGCAAAUGUAGCAGUUCAGGUCACCAAGGACAAGAAGGAAUUCAGCAUCCAUUUGGACUCUUCCAUCGCAGCAAAGCAUGGAGAGAAUGCAUCAUCACUUGCUGGUUUUGAUAUCCAGACUGUUGGGCGCCAGCUUGCCUAUAUUCUCCGCGGCGAGGCAAAAAUCAAGAACAUCAAGAAGAACAAGACCACAGGAGGCUUCUCGGUAACUUUCCUGGGUGACAUUGUGGCAACUGGACUGAAGGUCGAGGACCAGCUCUCCCUUGGGAAGAGGCUGUCGCUAGUUGCCAGCACUGGCGCGAUGCGAGCCCAAGGGGAAACUGCAUAUGGAGCUAACUUGGAGGCACGCCUGAAGGACAAAGACUAUCCGAUUGGCCAGUCCCUCUCAACGCUGGGUCUCUCUCUGAUGAAGUGGCGCCGGGACCUUGCUCUGGGCGCGAACUUGCAGUCCCAGUUCUCCAUCGGAAGGGGGUCGAAGAUGGCAGUGCGACUUGGUCUGAACAACAAGCUGAGCGGGCAGAUCACGGUCAGGACAAGCACCUCGGAGCAGGUCCAGAUCGCACUUCUGGGUCUCGUACCGGUUGCAGCCUCCAUCUACAGGAGCUUCCGGCCCAGUGAACCGUCCUUCGCUUAUUAGCCUGUCAGGAGUCUCAGUCCAAUUACUUCAUAACCAUGUGGUUUCUCUUGGCAAUUUUCUUCUUCACAUGAACCAUGUUUCUUGCUGUUUCAGUUUACUCCCUUGUAAUUGGCAGAUCGUUUCCUACCAUAAUUUUGGCUGAAGAGGGUUGUGCGAUUUAUCUGGAACUGUAGCUGAAUAAAUAAUGUCGAGAAAUGUACCAUCCUUGUGUUUAUCAAUAUCUAUUGCAGCGUCUAUUCUGAUUA